AUGGCCGACACCAAGAAGACGGCGCCCGCGCCCGCUGCUGAGACCAAGGACACCACUGGUCGUCCUCAGCUGCCCGAUGAGGCCGUGUACCAGAAGAACCUGAAGGCGGCCGAGGCCGACCACAAGGCCUCCAUGGACAAGCUCGCCAACAUCAAGUCUAAGAUUGACCUCGCCCUGCCCAACAAGGACAAGGAGAAGCAGAGCCCCGCCCAGAAGCGCCGCCAGGACCUCAUCGCCCAGGCCAACGAGAUCCGCCAGAAGCAGGGUGCCGGCAAGAACGCCCGCGGCGCCAAGCUCGACCAGAUCAAGCGCCUCGACGAGCAGAUGCGCAGCCGCAUCAACGAGCAGAAGCUCGCCCGCGGCAAGGUGGCCUUCAAGACGGUCGACGAGCUGGACCGCCAGAUCGCCCACCUCGACAGCCAGGUCAACGCCGGCACCAUGAAGAUUGUCGACGAGAAGAAGGCCCUCGCCGAGAUCUCGUCGCUCAAGAAGACGCGCAAGAACUUUUCCCAGUUCGAGGACGGCCAGAAGCAGAUUGACGAUCUCAAGGCCAAGAUCAAGGAGAUCAAGGACUCGAUGGACGACCCCGAGGCCCGCGCCAUGAGCGACCAGUACACCAAGAUCCAGACCGAGCUCGACGCCCUCAAGGCCGAGUCGGACGAGGCCUACAAGGGUCUGUCCUCGCUGCGCGACGAGCGCACCAGGCUCCAGGCCGAGCAGCAGGACAAGUUCCAGGUCAUCCGCAAGAUCAAGGACGACUACUGGCAGCAGAAGAAGGCCGCCCAGGCCUACGAGCGCGAGGCCCGCAACAAGGCCCGCGAGCGCCGCCAGGCCGAGAACGAGCGCUACCACCUCGAGCGCAAGAAGGCCGACGCCGAGCGUCUCCUCGCCGAGGCCAGCGACCCGGCCUACCUCGAGGAGAUCCGCCGCGCCCAGGGCCUGCUGCGCUACCUCGAUCCCGCCGCCGCCCAGGAGGAGAAGGCGCCCCUGCUCGCCGAUCGCGGCCUCGGCGCCCAGGCCGACCGCAAGGUCGACGACGCCGGCAUCAAGGGCACCAAGAUCCUCAGCAAGAAGGACCGCGAGGAGGACUUCUUCCCCGCCACCAAGAAGGGCAAGAAGGGCAAGAAGGGCGGCGCCGCCGCCGCCGCGUCCCCCGCCGAGGGCGCCAAGUUCAGCUGCCCCCCUUCCGUCGUCGAGGACUGCGCCGCCAUGGGCAUCGACCCCCCCAUGAGCGCCGCCGACAUUCCCUCCGUCACCGAGCAGGUCAAGGCCAAGCUCGACCACUGGAAGGCCGACCAGGCUGCCCAGACGCAAAAGAACAUUGAGAAGGCCAAGGCCAAGAUCGCCGCCCUCGAGGCCGAGGAGGAGACGGAGAAGACAAACGGCGCCAACGGCGCCGCCGACGCCGUCGACGAGGUCACCAAGGACCUCAAGGAGACCUCGGUUGAGGACAAGGCAUAG